AUGUGGAGCCAUAUUGGAAACGCAACGAUCCCUCCCCGCCACAAUCUGAAGAAGGGGGACCUGCCAACCCCCUCCUCAUCUUUUUGGUCUGAUGCACCACCGGAGAGAAUGGAGAUAACCUACGCCUCUUCGAGUUCUCGUGAUCUUCCCACAAUCUCUGCUUCCUCCUCUUUAUCUUCACCCUCACCAUCCUCCAUGCCGAACCGAACCAUCAAAACCAUUCCCCUUCAACACCCAAGCUCGACGGCGUCUUCCUCCUCGACUCCCUUUCCUGGGGCCAUUUUUGCCAGAUGGACCGCCAAAAUAAAACGAACCGCCCCGACUGAAUGGAUGGAUAACUUUCUUCCUUGUUGCCGAUGGAUUAGAACUUAUAAAUGGCGCGAGUAUUCCCAACCCGAUCUCAUGGCCGGUCUCACCGUCGGCAUCAUGCUUGUACCCCAGGCAAUGUCGUAUGCAAAAUUAGCAGGACUGCAUCCAAUUUAUGGACUAUACACUGGUUUUAUACCGAUAUUCGUGUAUGCCAUAUUUGGGUCAUCUCGGCAACUUGCAGUUGGUCCGGUGGCAUUGGUUUCUCUGCUAGUCUCUAAUGUUUUGGGUGGAAUUGUCGAUUCAUCUGACAAGUUAUAUACAGAACUUGCAAUAUUAUUGGCAUUUAUGGUUGGAAUACUGGAAUGUGUAAUGGCACUUUUGAGGCUUGGAUGGCUUAUCCGCUUCAUCAGCCACUCUGUGAUUUCGGGCUUCACAACUGCUUCAGCCAUUGUUAUUGCUCUAUCCCAAGCAAAGUAUUUCUUGGGGUAUCAUAUUGUACGAAGUAGCAAGAUUGUGCCGUUGAUUAAAAGCAUAAUAUCUGGUGCACAUAAGUUCUCCUGGCCUCCUUUUGUGAUGGGAUCUUGCAUUCUUGCAAUACUUUUGGUCAUGAAGCAUUUGGGAAAAUCAAGGAAGCAGUUCAGGUUCCUACGAGCGGCAGGUCCAUUUACAGCAGUUGUUUUGGGUACAGUUUUUGUGAAAAUGUUUCAUCCAUCCUCAAUUUCUUUGGUAGGAGAGAUACCGCAGGGACUCCCAAGCUUCUCUAUUCCAAAAAAAUUCGAGUAUGCAAAGUCUUUAAUCCCGACAGCAAUGCUUAUUACUGGGGUAGCCAUAUUGGAAUCUGUUGGGAUUGCUAAAGCUUUGGCAGCAAAGAAUGGGUAUGAGUUGGAUUCGAGUCAAGAGUUGUUUGGUCUUGGUUUGGCCAAUGUCUUGGGCUCAUUCUUUUCAUCAUACCCUUCAACAGGCUCCUUUUCUAGGUCAGCUGUAAAUAAUGAAAGUGGGGCCAAAACUGGCUUAUCUGGAAUUAUAGCUGGAAUCAUUAUGGGCUGUUCUCUUUUAUUCUUGACUCCAUUAUUCAAAUACAUACCACAGUGUGCUCUAGCUGCGAUAGUAAUCUCUGCUGUGAUGGGCCUGGUAAGUAUGCUAAAAUCACAAGCUGAGGAGUUGGCUACAGAUUCUGUGGAUUAUGAUGAGGCUAUCUUCUUAUGGCGUGUAGAUAAGAAAGAUUUUGUUCUUUGGAUCAUUACCAGUACCACAACAUUGUUCCUUGGCAUCGAGAUUGGUGUCCUUAUUGGGGUUGGUGUAUCACUUGCUUUUGUCAUCCAUGAAUCAGCAAAUCCACACAUUGCUAUCUUGGGACGUCUUCCUGGCACCACUGUUUACAGAAAUAUUCAACAGUAUCCAGAAUCAUAUACUUACAAUGGAAUUGUGAUUGUUCGCAUUGAUGCACCAAUCUAUUUUGCAAAUAUAAGUUUCAUAAAAGACAGGUUACGGGAAUAUGAAGUUGAUGUUGACAAAUCUGCCAGACGUGGGCCAGAAGUCGAAAGGAUUCAUUUUGUGAUUUUAGAGAUGUCACCUAUCACAUACAUAGACUCCAGUGCUGUUCAAGCAUUGAAAGACUUGCACCAGGAGUACAAAUCACGGGAUAUUCAAAUCUGUAUUUCCAAUCCAAACCGAGAUGUUCUGCUGACCCUAACAAAGGCUGGUAUUGUAGAGCUUAUUGGUAAGGAGUGGUACUUUGUGAGAGUGCAUGAUGCUGUUCAAGUUUGCCUUCAGCACGUUCAGAGCUUAAACCAAACUCCUAAGAACCCAGAUUCAUUUGCUGAGGAUAAAUCAAGUUUAUUCCGAAGGUUAUCAAAGCAGAGAGAAGAGGAUUCAUCAAUUGCAGAGUUGGAGUCAGGAGAUAAAAACCCCUCAGUUCCCGAGUUUACUGAGCCGCACUUGGAACCGUUGUUGUCCCGAAAGUCUUGA